AUGGAACUCCUCACAAUUUUUCUUGGUGUUCUGACUCUCUUUGUGGCCAUGGCAUUCUACUACGAACACCCCAAGGCACAAAUCCCUCAUGGAUUUAGUGAGCGCCAAAAGCUUUAUGUUUUCCAUUACAUCUUGAACUUUGGGUUUGGUCUGGCAGCAUUUCUGGAAAAAGUGGGUAUCCUCCCAGAGGUCUACCUACUCAGGACUGCAAUGGAUGGAAUACCACCACUAAAAGAUAAACAUCUUCUCAUCAAGGACUUAAAGUUUGAAAAGGUUAAAGUAAGAACUUACCAACCCAAAACAUCAACCACUGGCCAAAGGAGAGGAAUCCUCUAUUUUCAUGGGGGAGUUGGGCGGUUUGGAAGCAUUCGGGCCUAUGAAAGAACAUGUCGUUAUUUUGCUAGAAAAAGCAAUUCAGUGGUUGUGUCUGUGGGGUAUCGUUUAGCUCCAAAGCAUCCAUAUCCAACCCAGUUUGAGGACUGUCUCACUGCCACCAUCCAUUUCAUGAGGAAUGCACAGGAUUAUGGAGUCGACCCCUCUCGCAUUAUUGUCUGUGGAGACAGCAGUGGAGGAACACUCACUGCUGCUGUAGCCCAAGCACUGGUGAACAGAAGAGAUCUCCCAAGGCUGAGAGCACAAAUCCUAAUAUAUCCUUUUCUCCAGAGUGUGGAUUUUAAUUUGCCUUCUUAUCAGCAGAAUGAGGGAGUGCCCAUUUUGUUAAAGGAACGAACCAUUGCUCUGGGUUUGAAGUAUCUUAAUAAAGACUUGUCUGUCAUAGAAGCAGCACUUAAAGGUUGUCAUGUUCCAGAAGAUUUGCAGCUGAAGUACCAGAAAUGGGUGAACCCUGACUACAUCCCUCAUGAGUUUAAAACAAGAGGCUACAAACCAAGUGCCAAACAUCCAUUCUCAGAAGAAGCCUAUGCCAUCAUGAAGCAGAUGUUUGACCCUGUUUUUUCACCAUUGCUGGCUGAAGACAGCACCUUUGCUCAGCUCCCUGAGGCUUUCAUUUUGACCUGUGAAUAUGAUGUGCUUAGGGAUGAUGGACUGCUCUACAAGAAACGAUUAGAGGAUCAUGGUAUAAAAGUGACCUGGUGCCAUCUGCAAGAGGGAUUCCAUGGAACAGUAUUCUUAGCUCUUUGUGGCAAGGUGAUAGCAUUCCGAUCUGGAAAUAAAGGCCUGAAAAAGAUAGUAAAUUUUCUAAGAUUGAUGUAA